AUGGCACCCCGUGACGACAAACCAUUGAUCAGUUAUCACGAUGGGUCAUCCAUGCCCGACCCAAUGUUCUAUUCUCAUUCGGUGAGCCUCAGUCAGGCCAGUCGACUUGUCUUUACGUCCGGGAUCAUUGCCCAGCGACCGGAUGGCACGUUUCCAGAGACGCUCGAGGAACAGACAAAAGCUGUGUAUGAUAACCUGAAGAAUGUUCUGAAGAACUCGGGUGCAACCCCUCGAGAUCUGAUCAAAGUCACAUUCUACCCGGUGGAUUGGUCUUUUACACAAGCAGAAACUUUGUUCAAGCUUUUCUUCGAAUUCGUCACAGAUGAUUAUGGCAUCCAGUAUCGACCAAUUACUACCUUAAUUCCCGUCACCCAGCUCGCUUUUCCAGGACCGAAGCUGGAGAUUGAAGUUGUUGCAGCCACAGGAGGUCACGCUACCGCUUAUGUCAAUCCUUCCAUUCAGUCAUUCAAGAGACCUGUGCCUCCAUUAAAGGUGGACGUGGUGGUGGUAGGUGGUGGGUUCAGUGGCGUCCAAGCAGCCUGGGAUUUGCACAAGGCUGGGCUAAGUACCAUACUUCUUGAAGCAAAGCAUCGCCUUGGAGGCCGAAGCCGCACACACCAACUUCAGAGCGGGCCUGGAUUGGUCGAGCUAGGAGCGACAUGGAUCAACGAGAAGACACAACCAAAGGCUUUUGCCACAGCCAAACGACUCAACCUGGAGUUGGUAGGCCAGUAUGUCGAGGGAGACGAAAUCUGGCAAUUGCGAGACGGUAGUGUUUUGAGAACCACUCCUGGAAGUGAAGCUGCAGAGUUGGUGACAAAUCUCAAUGGAGCAUUGUACCAGGCCUUCCAAAGUGACAUGGACUCGGUCAACAUUCACAAACCAACCAAGAUCGCGGCAAACCUCGACACUUCGUUAGAAAAGUGGGGAGAAAGCAAGGGACUCGUCGAUGAGACGGCCAGAGACGCAUUGAAGUUCUUCAGUACUGCUGUUGUUGGUCGAGCCCCCCACGAGAUUGGCAGUCAUUACUUCCUCGAUUACAUUAAAUCAGGUGGCGGAUUUAUCAGCAUUGCAAGUGAAGGUCUAGAUGGUGCGCAAUCUUUGAAGGUUAAGCAAGGGACUUCGGCCAUCGCGACUGGUCUUGCAGAUGAGCUUCCUCCUGGCUCGGUGUUCGUCAAUAGCCCCGUGGAUAGCAUCCAUCAGACUGUAGAUGGUGCUUUCGUGGAGACUGCAAUGGGGAACAGGAUAUUUGCGCGGAAAGUCGUCGUCGCAAUCCCGACCAACACGUAUGAACAAAUUCGCUUCUCUCCACCCUUACCCUCGGCAAAGCGCGCUUUGGUAUCCCGAACCAAGCCUGGGGUAUAUGCGAAAAUGAUUGUAACCUACUCCAAGGCAUGGUGGAAGGACCUGGGCCUGCAGGGCAAGUUCACCAGCAUGAAAGGCCCAAUCUGUUUCUCAUGGGAGAUCUCGGACGACUCCAAGAAGCAGUAUUCAUUGGCAUUGUUCAUCGCCGGCGGGGUUGCUGCAAAAUGGAGCGAACUAAACGAACUCCAGCGAGAAGAAUCCGUGAUCAAUCACCUCGCAGAACUUGUCGGGCCCGAAAAUGCUAGCCUUGCACGCGAUAUCCUUGAGGUCAACUACGUCAAUUGGACGGAAGAACCUUAUCUGGGAGGAGCACCAACCUCGUCGAUGGGUCCGGGCUUACUGUCAAAGUACGGAGACUCCUUAAGGCAGCCUUUCCAACACAUCCACUUCGCAGGCAGCGAGACUGCCUACGAGUGGAAGGGCUACCUGGAGGGAGCACUGUUAGCAGGGUCACGAGCUGCUGCUGAGGUCAUUUCAUUGACAAAACGGGUGGAAAAGCAAGGUACGCUCAAGGGAAAAUUGUAA